AUGGAUGCGAGUCGCCCGCACGCGCUCACAGUGGUGGGCCGCCCCCUCGUGCUGUGGCGGGACGCCUCCCUCUCCUGGCGCUGCUUCCUCGACCAGUGCCCGCACCGCUUAGUUCCCCUCUCUGAGGGUCACAUAGACUCAUCAGGGCGGCUGGCGUGUUCGUACCACGGGUGGGCGUUUGCAGGCAGUGGCACGUGCCAGCUCAUCCCCCAGGCGCCCCAAGACAACCCGGGCCACCCGCCCCGUGCCCUCGCCUCCCCCCGUGCCUGCGCCACAGCCUUCCCCACCAGGGUGUUCCAUGUGAGUGUUCGCACCUUUCUGGCAUUCUCUUUGUGUGGCCGGACAGUGACAGCAGAAGAGGCGGAGCGCACGGCCAUCCCCGAGCCCGAGGGCGUGGACUGGUCGGCCUUUGACGUGGCGCUGUAUGCACGGCGCCUGCCCUACAGCUACGAGAUGCUGGCGGAGAACUUUGCCGACCCGUCGCACCUCUACUUCGCGCACCAUGGCAUCGGCCCUCUGCACCGCGACCAGGGGGCGCCCAUGAAGGAGAUCAGCGUGCAGCGCGUGGGAAACAACGAGGGGGUGGUGAAGGCCAACAGUAAGGGUGUUGUGAAGGGCAGCAGGGGGGCUGGUAUCGGUAGCUGUGGCGCGAAGCGGGGUGAGAGGGCGGAAGCGCCGAGGAGGAAGUCGCUGUGGGGCGAGCAGUUUGCGUCGCAGGCGUGGCGCGCUCACCUCUUCACUCACAAUAUCUUUGACAGUGACAACUACUUUCUGCACUGUCAGGACAUCCUCGUGGGCCACAAAAUCCAAGCCAUUGCCGCCCGUCAUCGCGCCGCUGCCACGGCCAGGGCAAGGGCAGGCGGCAUGACGGAGCAGGAGCAGGAGGCGGCGGAGAGGGCGGGUGAGAGGGCGAGUGCACGGUUCUGGCAGUCGGAGUACUUCCUGCCCGCCCCUGCUGACCUCUUUGUGGUGGCCUUUCGCCAGUGGAUGGGCACGUAUGCGGGCGGCGCGGUAUCCUACCCCCCGGGCUACUCCCUGCCCCCCCAGCCGCUGCCCAAGGCAGUGGUGUUGGACCGAAUGGCCUCCCACACGGCACACUGCACCUCCUGCUCCUCCGCCCUCGCCACCCUGCAGCGCGCACACCUGCUGCUGCCCGCUCUCUCCCUGCUCGCCGCUGCUGCUGCCGUUGCUGUUCCCCUUGCGUUUCCAUCCGCCUCUGUUGUGUUUUCUCUUGUCCUGCUGCUGAUGUCAGCAGCGCUGGCAGUAGCUGCCUGGAAGGUGCACCAGCUGAUCCCGCAGUUCAUCUAUGUCGGCUGGGAUCAUUCCAAAACCUAA